CUCCCCUUUCCCAUCUUGUUCCCUCACUCAGAAGUGACGCGAGGAAGGAUGCAUUCUUAAUAGGGUUUUCCCGAAUUUUUCUGUGAUUAGACGUUUGCUCGGGCUGCAAGACAGAUUUUGUUUUGUGAAAAAGGAUAUAUAUAUAUGUUAUAUGAAAUCUCCUUGACACACACACAGGGGAUCUCUGUGGCUGUUGGAUAGUGGAGCUGGAGGGGGUGGACAGCAGGGUUUCCAUGGCUCCUUUGUCAGGGCUGCAGUGGUGGCGCCUCCAGGCACUCGGGCAGUUCCUAGUUUAAAAUUAUCUCUUCAGUUUUUUUUUCAAAAAAAAAUUCGUUUAGGGGGAAAAAUCGCCAAGCCUAUAAAUCUGUUUUAUAAACUAACCUGUGGACCUUUCCUGUGGAAACUAUUCCUGUUUUUAAUUUUAAGUUUGAAAUGAGAUUAAUUUAUCAUUUGUUUUAAGAAUCGGAGAGUUUCAAUUGUAUCAUCAAGUUUUUUUUAAAAAAUUGUGUGUGUAUGUAUGUGCGUGUGUUUCCGGUGAUGAUAUGUUGCUUGAAGGAAGACAGGAGGCAGAUUUUAACCGGUUUUUGUUGAAGGCGCCGGCAGGGUUUGACUUCUUAAGUGUUUAAGAGAUUUGUGUGUGUCGGGAGGGUUUUUUCCUAAAUCGUUUUGUGUGUACAUAUAUAUAUAUAUAUAUAUAUAUAAAGAGGCGAGUGGCCGUGAGACCGAGUUGCUGCAUUGCAGCCCCCCCCCCCCCUCCCCCUUUGGAAUAUUAUCUGUACAAUGGCGACUCCCAGCUACAGCAACAACUCCAGCAGCUCAGCUCAGCAGCAACAGAGUCAGCAGCAAAACACAACUACCUGCAUGCAGGAAUUGAAACACAGAAAUCUCAAACAGAAGCCCUUCCUCAGUCCAGACCAAGAUCCAGAGGGGAGGAGGGUGGGCAAGUUGGUUUGUGGAGGAGAACUUCACUCAAAAAAUGAGGACUACUACACUUUUGGCGUUCAGCUAAGCAUCAGUGGAAACGAGCAAAUUAAACGCAAAGCAUUGAAGUUGAAUUUUGCAAACCCAGCCAUCAAGACAACAGCAAGGCUUCCACUAAAUCCAACAGGCGGAGUUCACUUUCAGAACCCACACAUAGAAAGGCUGCGGACUCACAGCAUUGAGUCUUCAGGGAAAUUGAAAAUCUCUCCAGAACAGUUGUAUGACUUCACAGCAGAUGAUCUAAAGGACCUUGGGGAAAUAGGACGUGGGGCCUAUGGUUCUGUGAACAAAAUGAUCCACAACCCAAGCGGACAGGUUAUGGCUGUGAAACGAAUUCGAUCGACAGUCGAUGAAAAAGAACAGAAGCAGCUUUUAAUGGAUCUAGAUGUUGUGAUGAGGAGUAGUGAUUGUCCAUAUAUUGUUCAGUUUUAUGGAGCGCUCUUCAGGGAGGGCGAUUGUUGGAUAUGCAUGGAACUCAUGUCUACCUCGUUUGACAAAUUCUAUAAAUAUGUAUACGGUGCAUUAGAUGAUGUUAUCCCAGAAGAGAUCUUGGGCAAAAUCACAUUAGCUACUGUGAAAGCACUUAACUACUUAAAAGAAAACUUGAAAAUAAUUCACCGAGAUAUCAAACCUUCUAAUAUUCUUAUGGACAGGAAUGGCAAUAUUAAACUCUGUGAUUUUGGUAUUAGCGGACAACUAGUGGACUCAAUUGCCAAAACGAGAGAUGCAGGAUGUCGACCAUACAUGGCACCUGAAAGAAUAGAUCCAAGUGCUUCAAGACAAGGCUACGAUGUCCGAUCAGAUGUUUGGAGUUUGGGAAUCACAUUAUAUGAACUAGCCACUGGACGAUUCCCUUAUCCAAAAUGGAACAGUGUAUUUGAUCAACUAACCCAGGUAGUAAAAGGAGAUCCCCCACAGCUUUGCAACUCUGAAGAAAGAGCAUUUUCUCCCAGCUUCAUCAACUUUGUUAACUUGUGCCUUACAAAGGAUGAGUCCAAAAGGCCAAAGUAUAAAGAGCUUCUGAAACAUCCUUUCAUCUUGAUGUAUGAAGAGCGCAGGGUGGACGUUGCAAGUUACGUUUGCAGAAUCUUGGAUCAAAUGCCCCCAACCCCCGUUUCCCCAAUGUAUGUCGAUUGAUUCUGCUGCUGAAAAGACAGCCUUAAAAUUGGCUGAAAGAAAUCAAGGUGUAAAGAUUUGUUUUAUGACACAUUGCAGUGUUUCUAUUUUUAACUUGCUCAAACAGACUGUGCAAUAAAAAUUGGUGUUCCAUUUUAUCCGUGUCUGCCCACAAUUGUCCAUUCGAAAAGCAUCCUUCUCAUUGUACCCAAGUCAUCAAGAGAGUUUAUGUGGAUCAGAGAGUGUUAUUGCCUUUUCGGGUGAAAGAUAUGGAGGCUGCCAGUGUGCUCAUUUCAAUCUGGAUCUUGGUGGGAUAUUAUGCAGCUGCUGGUGGGAACAGUUUGAAGCUGGAGACUUUUCGAUACAAUACUGGGAAGACUAAGGCUCGGACUAGCUGUUCCCGCCAUUGCAUAGAAUAUUUUUAGCAGAUCCCUCAAGACUCCAAAAUAUCUGCUUUGUCUUCAACAAAAGGGAAUUUGUACACGAACAGGAAAAGUUACUCCAGUGCAGUCUCAAGCACCUUGAGGAAUUUUGCUUCACAAAGUGCAAUAGAUUUGCUGAUUUUAAUUCUGUUGCUUUAUAGUUAGUGUCUAUCAUGGAGGAAAAGAGAAUCUGUAUUUUACUGUUAAUAAAGUUGAAAUGAUUUUUAAAUAAAGGCAUAACUGAACACUAUGUCAUUCACCAAAAAAAAGUGUGUGGACUGAGAAUUGCAAAGAAAGCAAAAUUAAUACAGGAAAGAUUUGCUGCAAAAAGGUUUUUCCCCUGAAACAGAACUUUUAUAUGACUUGAAUGUCAUUCACUGUACAAUAUCUUUGUAACUAUUGGGAAAAAUAGCCUAGGCACCUGAAGAAAGUGUUUUAAUAUUGUCUAUUGAAAUCUACAGAAAAGAAGACUGAACUAUGGUGUAACUUUGGGCAGAAUGCUCGAAGAGUAAAGCAUGCUGGAAAAAAAUAAGCUUGUGUUGAAGCAACGAAUGUUUUCCUGUUUGUUGAUCAGUCUGUAAAUGUGCACAUUGAUGUCUUAGGAUCUUACACAAAAGCAGGCUAUAUAUGGAUUAUGCAGUAAGCACCUGGCAGUGAUGUUCUUAAAUGUUUCCCACCGACAGCUCAUAUUGUGGUUCAAUGUGCUAUUUUUUAAUCAGAAAUUAUUUAUGCAAAAAUUAAUGUAUACCUGUGACUGCUGUAAACCUUGAAGUUCUCCAGGUUUAACAGUGGUGUGAUAACACCAAUUGCCUACUAGUUUGGUUUAAUUAUUGGUUGUACUUGUCUACUGAGGAAAAUUGUUUAACGGUAAGAGGAACAAAUUGCCAAGUCCAGAUGCUAGGUGCAGAGUCUUCUGAUUAAUGCGACACCACUGUGACUUCCCUGCUCCAGGGGUGCUAAAUGUCUGGAAGAAUUCUGUUGCUUGAGGUAGCUACAGGAUGGUUUUAAUUUUAGCUACACAUGAUCCAGGACUUGUGCUACACAAAGAGGAUUCUUUGAGAGAUUCUAUUUUUCAUACAGUGUCUAGAGAGUGUGCUGGGUUUUUUUUUGAGGGGUGUGAUAGUUUCUUGUACGUUUUUGUAACAGACAAGUAUAUCCAGUAAGUAUGUCCACUGUAGAUCAGUAAGUCACUAAAGUUAUAAAAUUAUGCAGAAUUUUUGUUCCUCUUGUCUGCUUUCAUGACUAAACACACAAGCCCAUCUGCCAACCCCACCAAAAAUUCCUUAUGACCCACCACCAGCCUUGCUUGGCAGUUCAUUAAUGUGUUCAAUUCUACUGGUGAAGAAGUGAACUUGAUGUGAAUGUCAAGGGACUUUACUUCAAACUUUUUGAGUGGAAUGCCUGUAAAAAUUGGCAGUUUAUUCCUAUAUUAAUCUUAGAUUAUAAUCUAUUAAGGGUGAGGAAUAUAUUACAGUGUAUCUUUAAAAAAAAGGUGUAUAAUGGUCACAAACUGUGAAAAUAGAAUAAGAACUGUACAUUGUGAACUUCGGUUAAUUUUUCUUUCCUGUACCAUAGAAAAUGUAUAAAAAUUAUCAAAGCUGAUGUGCAGGGAUAAUGCCUUACUUGUCUGUGAAAAUGGAGCUCGCUGAGUAUCAUCACCAUUGCAUUAUUUUACAGAGCUCAUGGAUAUUUCUUAUCCUGUAUACUGGUUUGACUUCUUCCUAUAUUUAAAACAUUAUAAAUGGAAUCUUAAGUGUUCAUGUAAUAGUUCUAUACUCUUGCCUGCAGGUCAGUUGUAAUAAAACUAGAACGUGACUGUGACCUUGUUCUUGUUUUGUAAGAUCUGAAACACACAAUUGCAAAAAUAAACUCCAAAUUGAAAUACUG